AUGGGAGAAAUGAGAUCACCUUCACCUCCCCCUCACUUGGAUCUGAACAACUUUGACUCUGCUGAUGCAGAAAAAAGCAGGUAUGUUUUAACAAGCCCCCGCUCCUUGGAGUCCUGUGCGCGACUUGGCAUCCAACCUGUUGAGCUCCUGAUGAAAUCGCUGAAUGAUUUAUUGUCUGAGCAGUGUGGCAUGCCUUCAGAGGCAGUGAGAGUCAUGUACGAAUCCAGGGAACAAGAAAGAAGGAAGCUCUUGCAAAUGUGCCGAGACGAAAGGGAGAGGAUUAUCCAGCAGGUUGCCAGGUGGCCGAGCCCUAAGAAAGUUACCAGGCGAAAGGAUGACACUGCUGUUGCUAAGACAAUGGAUCCUAUUCCUUAUGCAGAUUUGUGUAAUAGGGACAGAUGUGUGAGUAAAACAUCCUGCUCUGCUUCAGAACCAGACAGGAAGACUCUUUGCAGUCUAGGUGACCUAAGACCUUCCCCAGCUAUCCAGAUGAAACUUCAGAGGCUCACUGAAGACAUCAAGAGGGAGAUGUGUGUCCCGAUAUCACAGACAGAUCGCAAGAUUGCGGCUCUCAUGCUAGUGAAGCACCAAGAGGAGGUUGACCGCCUCAGUGAAAGGCAACGGAAGGACGAGGAGCGAGAAGAGGCCCGCAGGCUGCAGGUGGCCCGGCAGGCACAGGAAGAGAAAAGAAGGACUGAAAAGCUGAUCCAAAGCGUACAACGUUGGCACGAGGAGCUGGAGGCCCGCAGGAGGCUGAGAGCGCGCCAGGAAAAAGAAAGAGCAGGACAACUUAAAAGAGAAGUGAUGCUGCAAGAGGAGAGAUGGAAGAGGCUGAAGGAGCAGGUGGAGGCACAGCGUAAAGGACAAAUGGCAGCUGCAAAGAAGGAUGCUCAAGGGAGGAAAUACUGCCAGGAAAAAGUGCUGAGGGAAAUGGAGGAGGUAGACACAAGGCAACGAGACUUGGAGAUGCAGAGGGCUGUGGAAAGGGAGUGGAGAGCAAGGAGGUGCAAAUUACGCUUGGAGAAGAAGGAGAAGAAGCGUCUUCGGGAGGAGAACAGAAGGGAGCUGCUGCACCACAUCUUCCGAAAACAACAAGUGGAAAAACAAAUGGAGGAGCAGAUGUCACGUUUGAGAGAGUCACUGGAGAGGAAGAUGCGGCAUUCUUGUGACAAAUACGCCCGUGACGUGGAGGCCCGGCUGGUGGAGCAACAGGAACGAGCGGCCCAGGAAGAACAGCAGAUUCACAAAGCACAACUUAGGGCCAAGCUGCAGGGCAUCCAGCAGCUCACGCACAAACGCAAACUGGUCAAGCUUACUCAGGAGCGGACAGAGAGAGCCGCCGAGCAUACGGCAACCCAGCAAAGAAAGAGAGUACAGCAGACGCAUCAGCACAACAAAUGGAGGCAGCUGCGCCACCAACGACUACGAGAGAACGUUCGGAGAGAGGAGGAGGCAUUGAGGAAAGUGAGGGAGAGCAACUUCGCCAUAAAGGAACUGAGGCGCCAGAGGCUGCUUGGAGAGCGGGAACACAUCCGACAGGAGGCGCACAAGCAGGCCGUUGCAUCCUUUCACUUAAGGGAACGAGUGAGACAGCAGACGCAAAAUCGCUCUUUUGCUCGGAUGGCUCAGGAAGCUCACCUGACCGCCUCCAUCGGCCGCAUGAACCUCUGA